AUGAGUCCCAAGUCUAUCGAGGAGACCCCCGAGAAGCAAUUGAAAGGCUGCGCCAAUUGUGAGCGUCGUCGGAUUCGGUGUGAUAACCAGCGGCCCCAAUGCGUCAAGUGCCAAAAGAAAGGGCUUGUAUGUCCCGGCUACGAACGCCGUCUACGAUGGGUAGACGGCGUUGCCGCAAGAGGACAUCUUCGGGGCCGGACAAUCCCAACGAGGCCUUCUCCUCAAGAUAAGGCCGCAUUUCCCAAAAGCCAUUCGGAAACUUUGGUUUCACGAAGCUCCAAGCUUCACGAGCAAAAGGAUUGCCUGUUGCGAGUUGCCCUGCCGAACCCGCCAGUAGCUCUAACAACUCAAGCUUGCAACGACUUCGACUCGACGGUAUUCAUGGACUAUUACAGACGCAACCUCGCUGGCCUUAUGGUGUGGCUAGACUCAGAGGAGAACCAUUACCGCACGCAGGUCGUCCCUCUCGCCGUGAAUCGACCGGCAAUCGGCUUCGCCAUCAUGGCCUUCGCGGCUCAACACGGCGCCAUGGCGUUUCCUGACGAGUCCGUUGCGGAAAAUGCGCGCGACAGGUGCUUGCAUCUAAUACAAAGACGUGCCCAGAACAUGACGGCACGGCUCAUAAAAGGCGACGAUUUGGACGACCAUGCCGACAUGGCUGACGCUGAAUGGAUGCUGGCCUCAAUCCUGAUCAUGUGCAACUACGAGAAUACCCGUCGCCGCCUUCAAAUUGCCGAUCAUCACAGACGGGCGGCCCGGACAAUUGUCAACCUUUUCAAAAGCCAUAAAAACCAAAACUCCGUGAACAACCGAGAGCUAUUUGCUUUCUUACGAAACCAACUGGCUAUUGAUGAUGUCCUGGCAGCUACAACAUCGUUCGACCUGCCCCUUAUCCGAAACGCCAUCACACCGGCACCUGGCUCAGGCGAUCUCCUCUUUUCGAGGUAUCUGACUUUCUUGCAUCAUGUCACGCUCGUAUCAGCAGAUGUCGUGGAGUCUGAUAAUUCAACUUCACUCACACGCAGCGGUCUCACGGUAUCUCUGAUUCGGUCCGAAUUUGAGCAGGCAAGAGGCGCUACUUUGAUGGCGGCAGGACGACUCGGGCUAGUAGCGUCCAGUAUGUCUCGCGAUUUCACACGUUUGGUGGAGGUGUAUCAUAGCGCAGGGUUGCUAUACUCAUUGAGAUGCCUGGAUUAUGCUAUGGAACACACCUCGGAGCAUGUUGUAGCUGUUGACGGUCUAUUCGAUCAACUUACCAGAUUCGAAGACCAAGCCGCCUUCGUCCAAAAUCUAGCCUGGCCAACCUUUAUUGCCGGGACCGAAUGUCAUGGAGACCAGCAUCGGCAAGAAAUAGUCUCGGAACUGCUCACAUCAAUCUAUCACGGCACACGGUUCAACUACUACCUGGACGCGGUGAACUUUCUCAAGGAGUUCUGGGCUGGAGACAACGAAGACUGGCGUCCCCUCGCUCGCAUGAGAGAAGCAACAGGGCAGCGGAUCCUCGUGGUGUGA